AUGUUGUCGAAAGCCUGCCUUCGAGGGCUCGGCCUCCAGUCACUUCCGAAGAGACGAGCGUACCAGCUUGUCCGCAGAUCGGUCACCACAGAUGCUGCAAGCUCUCACGCAGAGAAAGAUGAUGUCCCGGAGGAAGAUGACAAGCCCUUCCAAGUCAAGCUCCACGAUGAGAGUUUCGAGACCUAUAUGCUCGACCCUCCCCCAUACACCCUCGACACCACGAAGAAGGAGCUGAAGCAGAUGUACACUGAUAUGGUCACAGUCCGUCGAAUGGAGAUGGCCGCAGACAGACUGUACAAGGAAAAGAAGAUUCGAGGUUUCUGUCAUCUGUCGACGGGUCAGGAGGCUGUUGCGGUUGGUAUCGAACAUGCCAUCACGAAGCACGAUGCCAUUAUUACCGCCUACCGGUGUCAUGGUUUCGCGCUUAUGCGCGGCGGGACUGUCAAAUCCAUCAUUGGUGAACUGCUAGGCCGUCGGCACGGUAUUGCCUAUGGAAAAGGAGGUUCUAUGCAUAUGUUUACUCACAACUUCUUUGGAGGCAAUGGUAUCGUUGGCGCUCAGGUACCCGUCGGCGCCGGAAUUGCCUUUGCGCACCAAUACCUAGGCAGCAAGACCGCAACCGUCACUUUGUACGGUGAUGGUGCUUCCAACCAAGGUCAAGUCUUUGAGGCGUUCAACAUGGCCAAGUUGUGGAACCUGCCGGUGUUGUUCGGAUGCGAGAACAACAAGUACGGCAUGGGAACAUCGGCUGCACGAUCUUCGGCCUUGACGGAUUACUAUAAGCGUGGACAGUAUAUCCCCGGUCUGAAGGUGAAUGCCAUGGAUGUGCUUGCCGUGAAAGCUGCCGUGCAAUAUGGCAAGCAGUAUACGGCGGACGACAAGGGGCCGUUGGUGAUUGAAUAUGUCACUUACAGAUAUGGUGGCCACUCGAUGUCCGACCCUGGCACAACCUACAGGACUAGAGAGGAGAUCCAGAGAAUGCGAUCCACCAACGAUCCUAUCGCCGGUCUGAAGCAAAAGAUUCUCGACUGGGGCGUCUGUACUGAGGACGAGCUCAAGCAAAUCGACAAGAAAGCCCGGGAAGACGUUGAUGCGGAAGUUGCUGAGGCCGAGAAGAUGGCACCUCCCGAGCCAACUCCCAAGAUUCUCUAUGAGGAUGUCUAUGCUCGUGGCAGUGAGCCUGCUUUCCUGCGUGGCCGCACGCCUGACGAGACAUAUUAUUACCAAUGA